AUGCGUACCUACGACGACAGCUUCUCCGGCCAGAAGAUCUACCCUGGAAAGGGUAAGCUGUACGUCCGCGGCGACAGCAAGAUCUUCCGCUUCCAAAAUGGAAAAUCCGAGUCUCUUUUCCUCCAGCGCAAGAACCCUCGUCGGAUAUCGUGGACCGUUCUCUACCGUCGUCAACACCGCAAGGGUAUCUCUGAAGAAGUCGCCAAGAAGCGCACUCGCCGUGUUGUCAAGUCCCAGCGUGCCGUUGUUGGUGCAUCUCUCGAUGUGAUCAAGGAGCGACGAAGCAUCCGCCCUGAGGCUCGUGCCGCCGCCCGCCAACAGGCCAUCAAGGAUGCCAAGGAGAAGAAGGCUGCUUCCGAGAGCAAGAAGAAGGCUGAGAAGGCCAAGUCUGCCGCCAACGCUGCCCAGGGCAAGUCCCAGCGCAUCCAGAGCAAACAGGGUGCUAAGGGUGCUGCUCCCAAGGUUGCCGCCAAGUCUCGUUAA